CGUCCCCCGCUCGGUCUGGCCGCUCGCGCAGCUGCUCGGCUCUCGCUAUAUAAAGGGGCGAAGCGGGCAGAGCGGGCGGCUGGCGGCGGCGGCUGCAGCCCCAGGGCCGGCGAACGAGGCCGGGCCAGGCCGCGGGGCUGCCCGUGAGCCCGGGCGGGACGUGCGGGCUUAGGGGGGACGCAGCCGGGCAGGUUUAUUGUUUUAGGGGCGACUCCCCCCCCCGCGGUUGGGGGCGUCCCGGGGGGCUCGGGACAUGGCGAGCUCGACUAACACAAACCCCGUGCCUAAAUUGUACAGGUCUGUAAUUGAAGAUGUCAUUAAUGAUGUCAGAGAAGUUUUUCUGGAUGAAGGAGUGGAUGAACAAGUUCUUAUGGAACUCAAAACACUGUGGGAGAACAAGCUGAUGCAGUCCAAGGCUGUAGAUGGCUUCCAUUCAGAAGAGCAGCAACUUCUGUUGCAGGUGCAACAGCAGCAGCAGCAACAGCAGCAACAACAGCAUCAUCACCACCACCAUCACACACAACCUCAGCCUCAGCAGACUGUGCAGCAGCAGACUCAGCCACAACAGGUUCUUAUUCCAGCAUCUCAGCAAGCACCUCAGCAGCAGGUUAUUGUGCCAGAUUCCAAGCUGAUACCGCACAUGAAUGCAUCGGGCAUGAGUGCUGCUGCUACUGCAGCUACGUUGGCUCUCCCUACUGGUGUUACUCCUGUUCAGCAGAUACUUACAAAUUCAGGCCAGAUCCUCCAAGUAGUUAGAACUGCAAAUGGAGCUCAAUAUAUCAUUCAGCCACAGCAGCCAGUUGUUCUACAGCAGCAGGUCAUACCACAAAUGCAGCCUGGUGGCGUACAAGCACCUGUUAUACAGCAGGUUUUGGCUCCAAUUCCUGGAGGGAUUCCCCAGCAGACAGGAGUGAUUAUUCAGCCUCAGCAGAUCCUGUUUACAGGAAAUAAAACUCAAGUUAUACCUACAACAGUGGCUGCCCCUACAACAGCUCAAGCACAGAUUCCUGCAGCUGGUCAGCAGCAGCCACAGCAACAACAGGCACAACCACAAGCACCACUUGUUCUCCAAGUUGAUGGAGCAGGAGACACAUCAUCUGAAGAAGAAGAAGAUGAGGAAGAAGACUAUGAUGAUGAUGAAGAGGAGGACAAAGAAAAAGAUGGAGGUGAAGAUGGCCAGGUCGAAGAGGAGCCUCUUAACAGUGAAGAUGAUGUGAGUGAUGAGGAAGGACAAGAACUGUUUGAUACGGAAAAUGUUGUUGUGUGUCAGUACGAUAAGAUCCAUAGAAGUAAAAACAAAUGGAAAUUUCAUCUCAAGGAUGGCAUCAUGAAUCUUAAUGGAAGAGAUUAUGUAUUUUCCAAAGCCAUUGGGGAUGCAGAAUGGUGAAGUUUUUAAGACAAACAAAACAAAAACUCCCUGUAAAAGGAAAAAAUGUUCAAAAGCAGGAAAGGUUGAGACUUGGACAUAUUCUCCAACCAAAAUGUGUUUCUGCACAUGAAGCAUAAACAAAAGUAUUGGAACAAAGGUAAAAUGUGGCAACAAAGACACUACUUCAGAUGAGCAAGCCAUGGACUGUAGCAGCUAUAGCAUUGUCUGGGAGCUGGUUUUGUGUGUUAGGAAUACCUUAAUUAUCAGUUCUACAUACAGGUACCUACAGCUGGUAUUUAGCAUGUAAGGCUUUGUCCCCCCCCCUUCCUCCCAUGGUUUAAGAUUUUAAAAUACUUCCAAUGAUUGAAGGAACUCUUCCCUGUGAUAGAUUAUGAAUCUGAAAAUGCUUAUUGUGUGUACAAAUCUUUGCUUUGAACACUUCCUUUUGGUAGUGAGGAUGGUCAGAAUGUUACUUUGACUGCGUGCAAGCUUUGUACAGAAGGGUAAGAAUUAAGGUGUUAAAUUUUAAAUAACUUGUAUAGGGAAAAUAUUUUUAAUUCUGAUAUGCUCAUUAAUUAUAAUAUCUAUUUGUGGUUUUCAGUUCAGUUCCCCGUAAGCAAGUUGUUGUUCCUAGCAGUUAUAAAAUGUUAAAACGAUCAUUUAUAUUUCAAAGUUAUUUUAAUUUCAUAUAAGUGAUACUUUUCAUUUAGGACUGUAUUUUUUUUAAUUUUUUUUUUUUAAAUUUUAAAUACUAAGCACCUGUAGCUCUGGGCUCCCCCUGCCCCAAAGUCAGACUGCUUAUCUUUUUAAUUAUAUUCUUACUGUUUGGUGGUGGUUUCAGCAUCGUUGAACUGAAACAAAUAAUAUAGUUUCCACUGACUUCUUCAAAGGCUUUUUGGAGGGCUUCUGAAUCAAAUGUGUAGGUAAUCACACAACAGAUGCAUUCCUUUACCUACUUACUAUAUCCGUAAUACAGACAUCCACUAAAUUUUUUAUAUAGAAAGUAAUGUUAAAACUAUUAAAAUCGUGGCUGCAGCUCUCUGAAUCAAAGAUCUGCUUUACUAAAAAUAUGGCCAUAAGUUACUUGCAGUAGUUUAUCUCUAAAGUUUCUGGGUGGCAUGUAAUUUCAUGAGGAGAGCUGCGCAGCUUUGAGAACACAAAUUUUAUUAAAGUGUCUGUAGACUGACUUGGUAACAAAAUCAUAGUUGGAGGCUCUAGAUCUUUGUGUAGCCACUUUCUCAUAUGCCUUUUCCAGAGGUGUGGUUUGGUGAUAAUUUUCCUUUUAAGCAACAAGGUUGUUUCCCUCUGCUUCCCCUUCUCUACUGAGAACUGAAUUUUUGUCUUCACACAUUGGAUAUUCUUGCAAAUUCUGCUUUCAGAAAAUGCAGUUACUUUUGAAUGAGGAGAGGAAAUCAGCAUUAUACCUGAGAAACUGUUGAGGAAAGAAUGUCCAUGUGGCUCACCAUUUCAAAUACUUUUCUUUCCCCGAGUCCUUGGAAAGGCAGUGAGAAGAACCCAACAGACAUUUUAGUUACAUUGAGAAAGACUUGCAGAAGCAGACAGUUGACCCAUGAGUUCUGCCUUUUUUCUGUCACUCUGGAGAAUGAAACUUACUAAGCAUUACUUAAUGAAGUCACAGGUAUAUAAGCACUGCCCUAAUUUUCAUUCUCUCUGAUUUACUUGCCUUCAAGCGUAUUCAUAGUUUCAGUAGUAUUUUAACAUACAAAGUCCUCCAAAAUACCCCUCCAAAGAGGGUUUCUUUACUGUGAUUUUGUAUAUCUGUGCUCUCAUUGAUAAAGAAUAAAACUGCCUCUAGGCCGUGCCUCGAGCCAUAUGGUUGUUGUAAGCCAUUUACAUACAUAAGCUUUACGAACAGUUAAUUGAUAUUUUUUCUAAUCCAUUCUUUUGUAAUGUCAUUAUUUAGAGUACAUUUUUGGCUCGGGGCUUCAAGGUCUCUCAGACUGAUCGGUGUUUGUUUUCUUCUGAGCAAAGCAGAUGUUUUAGUUGUUAUUAUUAUUAUUUGUACCACUGUUGACGCUUCUGUGUACAACUGAGAUGAAGUCAAUAUUGUACCCACUAAUCCCUUCCUCCUCCUUUUCCAUUUCUAUUACCAGUGAGUUGUAAGUAAUGGACUUAAGAGUAACUCCCAUAACAGCACAAUUAAACCAACAAAAGGAAAAAAUCCCUUUAGCUAUAGAUUCUUGAUGAGACUAUUGGAACCCAGAUAACUUGGAUAUUGGAACCCAGAUAACAGUUGGUUUUCAUAUGUCUUAGAAAUUUUUUUACCCAUGGACUAGAAGCUACACAGCCUUUUAAUUUAUUUUUAAGGGAUAGUAGGAUUUUAAAGGUAACUCAAGUUUAGGCUGUUCUGAAGGAUGUCUGAAGCUAUCUGAACUUGCGGUCUUUUGCAAGCUAAUUGUAUGAUAUGCUUUUCAAGUAAGUUUUGUCUUCAAAUACAAGUACCUGUGAAGUUUUCUGUAAGCCAGUCAAACACAAAUAUACCAAACUGUGCUCUUAUUUCUACAUCAAGUGUUCCUUUUUUAAAUCAAAAAGCAUGUUUUAAUUUUAUUUUAUUGUAGCAGCUUGCUGUAAAAAUGUAGUUUGCUUAAUUUUUCUAUUGUACUUGAAUUUUAAUCAUGGUUUUAACAAUGUAAUUGAACAGACCAUUUCACUAGGUUCCACAGAAACCAUUCCUUCAGAGGGCAAGGGAUUCCCAUGUUCAUAGUUCAUAAAUGAUUUUUUUUUUCCCUUGGAAAUAGUUUUUGACGCUGUUUUUGUUUUGUUUUGUUUUUUUAAAUAGUUCAGUAUUACAGAAACAAAUAAUGAUUUCAAGAGGACUUAUUUAAAAUUUGCACAGAUAAUGGAGCACCUUUUAAUGACAGAAAAAAUGGGGAAAGAUAACUUCGUUAUUGUAACCGUGAUGACUGAUGGAAAUUUGCAGAGCAACAGGGCAAAACUGGUACUCUUGUGCUUUAUUGGUUUGCAGAAUGCCUGUUUUGCCAAUAUGGCAAGUUGGUUUUUUUUCUGUUGGUUUCCUGAAAGAGUAAAUUUCCUGUAGUGCUUCAAUCAUAAAAGCAACUUUUUUUGCUCUAAUUCUGUUGGGUUCUAGUGCGUGCAAUCAUUUAAAAACAUCUAAGUUGGAAACAUGUUCAAGUAUGUUUUCUUUUAAAGAGAUAAUAGAAAAUUUAGUCACAUAAGGAACUUUAUAUUGGACUAUUUAAAUAAAAUACGAUUUUAUCCCCCGAGUUGCUGGUUAGUGACAAGAUUUCUUUGAGGCUUUGUAUUCCUUGUUCCAACAUUGUACUCAAAAGUUGCAUUUGAACUUAAUUCAGCUUCCUUAAUGCAAUUUAAAGUGGUAAUUGUGGUCUGAAUUAUUUCCAAGAUGUUGAUACCUGAUUCUGUAGCACAGUUUCUUGAAAACAGCAAAGAACACGUUGUGUCAUGUAAUAAGAAACCAUUUGUAAAAAUAUUGUGCUGCAGAAUAGGAGUGAUAAUGUAAAUUUCACUGAGUCUGUGAAAAUAAUUCCACCAAGUGGUAAUUAUGUCACCGUAAAGAAUUACCAGAGAAAAAGUCCUCAAUUCCAGUGAAUCUCCAGUUGGAGACUUAGUUAAGUAAAGUGUGUUUUGAUUGUCUCCUUGGUUUGUUUAAAACAAAAACAAACAAACAAAACAAUCCUUCUAAAACAAAAUGGCCAAAAAUUCUUCUCAAAGCAGAAGCUUCCCAUCAACUGCUAUAAGAUGUUCAGGAGGUGAAGAGUAGUCUUAGGAUAAUGCACACUGAUAUUGGGCUGCUUUACACAGCACCAUGGGGUUUGUUGCGUGCCACCCCCUUCCCUGCUCCACACACACAACUGAAAUCAGAGUUAUUUUCAGACUUUGAGAGUAAUGACUAUAAAAGAUGAAGAAACUUGCACAUUGUUUUGUAUUGGUGUCUGGCAUUUAAAGUCUUGUUUUCCCAUUGCUGUGAUCGGUUGGGAAAUGUGUAAAAAAAAAAAAACAACCAGUCAAUUCGUUUCCCUGUUGUCUACUUUUUUUAGGGAGUUCAUGCAAUGUGUCCUUUAAUUAUUAUUUGGCGGAUUUGACACUGUGGAACAAAAGGAGCUUUUUUAACAGGAUGAACUACCUUGAGUUAGCUAUAUGUACAGUCAUUCAAUGAGACAUGUUCCAGAGUACAUAGGGUACCAAUAGAAUAUGGAGUGGGGGAAUAUCCUUUUUUGCUGUUCUGAGCUACUAUUGUCAACUGCUGUUGUACAUAUACUGUUAUGUGUAAGGGGGUAAAUAUAUUUAUUAUGUUUGUAAAAUUCAUUCUGUACAAUUGCAGAUCAAGGUUGCUCCUCUGUGAUAUACAGGAUAUUAUGUUUCAAAGGCCAUGCUUGGAAUACAAUUAGAGAACUUAGUAUUUUGAUGUACUAAGACCUAUUUUAAGUUUAAUAUUUUGCCUUUGCAAAAACUUUAAUUAAAGAUGUUAUUUAAAAAUGUUUGCCACUUCAUUUACUAUCUUGCAUGUGCAUUUGUUUAAUAUCUGAUGUUUAAUGCUUUCUACCGAAGGGUCUGAAUUAAUUUUCAUAACACGAGUAACCUCUCUGUCA